AUGUCCAGAAACGAGAUCCGCAAGCUGGAAGGUCACACCGGAUCUCUCAAUUCCGUUGCGUUUUCACCUGACGGCAAGACCAUCGCGUCUGGUUCUGGUGAUCAAACUGUGAGACUGUGGGAUGUCCAGUCCGGAAAUGAGAUCCGAAAGUUGGAAGGACAUGGUUAUUCGGUCUUUUCUGUCGCGUUUUCUCCAGAUGGAAAGACUGUUGUGUCUGGAUCUGCUGACCGAACUGUACGAUUGUGGGAUGUCCAGUCGGGAAAUGAAAUCCGAAAGUUGGAAGGACAUUCGGACUGGGUAAAAUCAGUCGCAUUUUCUCCGGAUGGAAAGACCCUUGCGUCUGGUUCUAAUGAUCAAACUGUCAGACUGUGGGAUGUCCAGUCAGGAAUUGAGAUACGCAAAUUGGAAGGCCACUCUGGAGGUGUCAUUUCGGUUGAAUUCUCGUCUGAUGGCAAAAUUAUUGAAUCUUGUGAUUGGAACGACGUUACUCUGUCUUGGAAGACGGAAACAGGUGUCCCUAUGGAACGUGGAAUUGAAAAUACCAACAACUCUAUGUCUCCAUCCGCUGACAGGUCGCUUGGGUUGGACGAACAAGGAUGGGUCAUUCAAGGACAGAGCGAAUCAACGAAACCGCUCUUUUGGUUGCCCCAAGAACUUCGCGGCACACUGGUCAAUACCACCAGUAGCUUGGCGUUGGGAACGGCUGGAGGUCGUGUCGUUAUCAUUGAUAUUUCCAGGGUUUAG